CCGCCGAUCCGCGGCGCUGCAAGAGAAAAAAACAUGCCCAAAAAGGCACACAAAGCUUGGCUGGAGGCGGCGGCAGGGCGAAUCUCCGCAGUCUGAGAUAACCCCACUCUCGCCACCAUCCCUUUCCCCACCUUCCCCAUCUCAUCUCUCCCCCGAGAGAACAAACCUCUCUCUUCCGACGCCAAACCCCUAGCUACCUAGUACGGCCAAUCCGCCCAUCCACCGAGCUAGCUCAAAGAGCCAGCCAGGAGCCCCCCUCCACCCCAGAUCUCUCCUCUCCGGCCGAUGACGACGACGACCACCACCACCAAGGCGAAGCUCGGGGAGCUAGUGUGGGAGCACCGGCUGCGGGCGGCGGCCGCGGUGGCGCUGCUGGCGGCCGCCGUGGUGUCGGUGUCCGCCAUCGGGCCCCGGCUCGGCGCCGUGGUCUCCUUCUUCUGGCCGCUGCUCGUCUCCACCGCCUUCUUCCUCGUCGCCAUGACCGUGCUGCUCCGGAUCUCGCCGCCGCCCGCCGGCGCCGAAGACUCCGGCAAGGACCUCGUCGACUUCGUCGCCGGCCCCCACCACAUGGACCACUUCCUCCCGGAGGCCUGCGCCACCGUCGAGGUGCCGCCGGAGAUCUAGAGUCGGAGGAGCAUCACACGGCGGCAGCGAGAUGGCGU